CCCGAGAUAUGAAAAAGAAUAUAAAUAAAAGCCAUUAUUCUUUUAUUUGUUUUCUCCGUUAGAGAGAGAAGGGGGGGUUGGCCCAGCGGAUCGAAGAUGACGACGAUCUGAGCUUUCUUCUUCCAUGGAGUUUCGAUUCCCUCGCAUUUGGCUCCCUCUUGUUGUGUAAUAAGCUCUCCUCCUCUUCGAUUUUGGGGAAAGAGAGAGGAAAAAAAAACGUUCGAUGUUAUUUUUUUUUGUCGCGGAUUUGGGCGUGGGUUUCUCCAGAUUAUCCACGAUGUGAAAGAUUCUCCCAUUCAAUGAGCGAUUCUAGGAUGUGGGUCUGAGGAAUGGGAGCAGCUGUCCACUGUGAAAGCUUGCAUUACUCAAUGAAGGAUCUCAGUGAAGAAUCAAACAGUACUUCAUCAGUCAGACCCGUGGCAGAUUCUCGCUCUGGUAACGAGAUAGAUUUCUUGAAACGGACGAUGAUUGAACAGGAGGCCGUUUUCAAGAAUCAGGUGUCUGAGCUUCAUCGCCUAUACAGAGUACAGAGGACAUUGGUUGAGGAACUUAGACAAAACAAGUUGAAUGAGAAUCUGAAUCAAUCUGAGGGUACACCCGAAAACAAAAGUACUAAGCAGCAUUUGCCUGGAUUUCUCUCGGGAAACCUCGAAAAUGGCGGGCUAUCGAUUUCAAGAAGCAGGUCUCGAGCUUGUAGUGUUGUUCCUAUACAGAAUGAGGUUAGACCAGUGAAAGUCGGGAGAAAGAUUAUCGAUCUUCAGCUCCCGGCCGAAGAGUACAUGGAUACAGACGGAAUCGGCGACCCACAUGAACGAUCGAAAUCGGGAAAAGAAUUCAGAGAAAAGCAGUUUACUGAAAGAGGCAAUGGAUCUUGUUUGGGUUUGAAGAAAUUUAAUGGCUUUGCUGAUUUGAACGAGCCAGUUCAUUGCCAAGAACUAGAGCCUGUUGCUUCUUCAAAGGAUGUAUAUUCUCUCUACGGGAGAAUCAAUGGAGAUGUACAUGUCAAAGGUCAUUGCUUGGAGAAAGAUAUAAGUCGAAACGGAUGGAUGGUUCUUGAAACAGGGCAUGAUAAAAGCAACCCAUUACAAAUCUUUUCUAACAAUGCAUUUCAACCUCGCGGCAUGGCAAAAUCCUCCGGAGAAACGACAUUCCGUGAGCUUCCGGAAGUCUCUCGCUUAGUCUCGUACGACAGCCAUGUGGAAUCAUCGAGUGUGGCAUCGAGUUUUCCGAGCCCAAAUGGCCAUAACCCGAAAUCUGUGCAACCAUGGAACCACUGGCUUUCACCAUGGGACAACCUCUCAGGUCAGACACUGUUGCCUGUUCAUCAAGUGAAUCCAUUCUUGAAUUGUAACACACAGGGAAGAACCAAACCUAGUUUCGAGAUUUCGUGUCGUGGCUUCAAUGGCGGAUCCUCCUCUGCUCGCCCUAAGGAGGCUGUCUUUGGUUCCCACUAUUCUAAUCAUUGCUCAAAUGGGACAAUAUCAAACAGUCCUUUUGGUAUGGCGGUGAAGGUUCAGGAUCUAGAAAGCCUCCACGGGUCAAAAAAGCACGAAGAGCGUUCAACCGGGUUGUCCUGGCUGAAGCCUAAGCCUCGUUAUACGAGUGAAAUAACCGAUGGCUUCUUGGAUCUGAAUGCUUCUAUACAUCAUCAGUUCACUGAUGAAACCGAGAUGGGCGAUGGUUUUACUAAUGUGUCUCCUCGCAAGAGUUUGAAAACGGCCGACUUGCAGUUCCAGAGCAGUAGAAAGAUUCUAGGGUUCCCGAUCUUUGAGAAGAGUUCUGUUGUAAAAGAGGAGAAGCCUUCUUUCGUGACCUCUUCCAUCUAUAUUAAUGGCCGAUCAAUGGAAGAAAACAAGUCGGUGGAACGAGACCUCGAUAUCAACUUGCCUUUCGAUGUUUCGGGUUCUGCUACUGACAAGGAAGAAGGUAAAAGAGCUGUCAGAUUCAGACAUCACAUUGAUUUGAAUGUAUGUGCUAGUGAAGAUGAAGAUUCUGGCCUGCCUUCUACAUUAAGAGUGAAGGAGAAAUCAAUACCUUGGAUCGAUUUGGAAGCUCCUCCCGCUACACUCGACAGCGAGGAUGAAUCGGAGAAGUCGCCACGGAAGGGCGAAGACAGAAACUUUACGGAUGAACUCAAAGCAGCAGCCGAGACAAUAGUCGCUAUCUCCAUCUUGUUGUGUGAUCAUCCCGAUGAAGCAGCUUCCUCUUCAACCGAUGGUCAUUUGAAAGAUCCGCUCAGUUGGUUUGCAGACGCAAUCAUAUGCGGCGAUGAGAUGGAGAAACGUAUCGAAGCUGUUUCAGAAGGUAGGAGUGACCGCCGUGAAGAAUGCUCUUCCGGAGAGUUUGAUUACUUUGAAGCCAUGACCUUGAGUUUAGUUGAGAUUGAGGAAGAAAACUACAUGCCCAAGCCCUUAGUCCCUGAGAAUCUAAAUUUUGAUGAAACGGGUUUUCCCACCGCAAUACCAAAUCGUCCAAGAAGAGGACAGCCGAGACGGGGGAGGCCAAAACGGGAUUUCCGAAGGGAUAUUCUCCCGGGGCUUACUUCUCUAGCGAGGCAUGAAGUAGCAGAAGAUCUUCAGAUGUUCGGGGGGCUCACGAAAACUACAGGCUGUUCUUGGAAUUCAGGAGCGGUGGCAGCACGAAAGAACUCAACCAGGGGUGGAUCUAACCGUGGAAGAAGAAAACGACCAGUCGCUAACAUUAACACAGACCCGGGUUACCCUUCGUUGACUCAGUCCAUGAAUGACAAUGUACGAGUAGGGGGACCCGGAGAUAGGAGCCUCUCGGUUUGGGGAAGGGCGAGUAGACGGCCGAGGCGACAACGAUGCCCUGCAGGUAAUAAUCCCUUGACUGUGAUCUUAACAUGAAUACUCGGGUUUUAUGAUCAAGAAAACACUUUACCAUUCAAGAUUCUGUCCAAAGCCAUUGUUGUCCUGACGAAUCUAUAACAUGUUUCUUCUCUUA